AUGGACGACUCCCUGCUGUCCCCCGUCACCGUUGAGGUCGCGCACGCUCCUUCCCCUCGGGCGGAUCUCGUCGCCGGCCAUGUUGGCCCCACCGCGCCUGCCCGCAAGCGGCAGGGCAACGUGGUCGUGCAGGGCGGGAAUCCAGCUGCCCCCGCCGCGAUGGCCCGCGCUCCAGGCCCCAACGCGGCAGCGCGACCCCGGCCGGCGGCGGAGAAGGUCACCAAGGCCGCCGGCGGCAAAAGGAAGAGGAUUCCGGCUACAAGGAAGCCACCUUCUUCAUCCUCUCACUCCAACCCGGAUAGAGGUGCUCCGGCGAUGCCGUUCAACGGUGCUGCUCCCCCCACAAGCGAGGUGUAG